AUGAUGCUGGUCUGGUACCGUUGUUUGUUGCGGCUGUUAUCACGUUUUAUCCUGUUGUCGUGUAUUUCUAUAGGCGGCCUGUGGUCAUCAACUGAGUUGCGUAGUGGGUUUUGCCUGGGAGUAUCGCACGUACCACGUAAUCUAUCUCGGCCUGAAGUGCCCAGCGUCUUCAGCCUAAACGCAGUGCUUUAUCCUUCAAAGGUGCAAAAGGCCCAGAAUGUUGUUCUACGCAGGUUAAGUGUAAGCCAUAAACCUACAUUGGCACGUUAUAUACACUCCGUAUGCGGUUUUGUUGCCUGUGCUCGUGGCGGAGCUCAUGCGUCGUCGGCGUUACCACGGCGAUCGUACCUCGCGCGGUCGCUAGACGAAGAGGACAACCACCGUUUGCUCAAGGAGGUCGCGUUGAACAAGGAGGAGCACUUUGCUGCGUCGUUGGACCCGAAAUGCAGUUUUUAUCGAUACUUCAACAUCACCCGUGGCAAUGUCGGCGAGCACCUGCGUAACACUAUGGACGAGCAUUUUGAGUCCGAGAGGGAGAAGGCGGCUCGAUCGUUGUACGUGGUUGACGGCAACGCUUUUAAUGGCGACUACACGAAUUGGCGAUUGCCGAUACCAAGGGAGAUGGCUUCUUACGAGUUCGAAGGCGUGAACCCAAAGGCCAGCGAGCCAUUGUCUGUGCAAGGUGAUGCAGUACAACCUAAAUUCGGCGAUGCUAUGCUGGAUUCUAUCCGUGCCGUGAUAUCUGAGGCGGAUAGCGCCGAUUGCGCAAAGGGUGCCGAGGCCCUCUGUGACCUGUACGACGAGGUCGGCGACUACGAGUACUACGAAACUUGUCGAGGCAAAGUGAUAAAGAAAGACUAUCUGGAGGAUGUGGAUAUCUUGAGCACCGAUGAUACGAAACGUGACCGAGAGAUGCGUCACAGCGUGUUAUCGCAGCCCACAGCCUUCCCGUCUUACAUCGACCCCGUGAAUCCCGCGCAUCGCACGGGCCGCGGGAGGGAGCUGCAGCGGCGGUCUGAUUCUGGACGUUUGCAGCGGCAGCGUUGGAACAUGGACGUGGACCCGGCCGACGACAUUUUGCGAGGCCCUCGUAAGACCGGAAACAGCACCAUGAAGGAGUUCGUGGACUCAAUUGAGUGGGAGCAGCCGAUGCCCACGUACCACGACCGCAACUUCUACAAGCGGUCAUUUGCGGAGGGCGGCUUCGGUGAACCGGACAGGACUGUCGACAGUUAUUUCGAUGUUCAGUUCAUAGGCUCGCCUGACGCCUACCCAUACGCGGUAUCCGCAGGAAUGCAAUACGCGUGGCCGAUAUACUGGGUUCCGCUACUGGCGAAAAAGCACCCUAAGCGCUUCUGCCAGCCGCUACGUUCUCCGGUGUUUAACUUGGGUGGAGUUGAACCUCUGCAGCUCUGGUUCUACCCAGAGGGCAACGCAAGUUCCACGGAUGGGUUCUGCUCGCUCAAGCUGGUGUCUCCUCCUGGGUGGUGCCUGCCCUAUCGCAUUUACCUGUUUGUAUUCAGCGAAUACAAUCGUGUCGUGGCAGGCCCGAUGUAUCGAGAGCUGCUCGACAAGAGCGACAAGGAGAGGAUCCGUAUGCGUGAGAACGACAAAGAUUACGUGAUUCUGGGCCCAGCUGGCAACGUAUACGCCGGAGUAGGCAUCGUUGACGAGCCCGUGCGAUCCAAGGAUGGCAACUACCGCUACGCGUAUGACUGGGACGAGGGCGACUACGACUUCAACCAAUGGCUGAAGAAGCAGACGGCAGACCCCGACGACGCCUUCCAGCAGGAAUACGUUGACAGAGAGCGGACUCACAGCAUCUGGUACGAGUCUCACAAGUACAAGUACGUGCCAGAUCGUCACAUCUCGAGAUAUUGGAAGAGCCGCUACAGCAAGGAGCUGGACUGGCGGCAGCCCACAUUUUAG